UGAUUGUGCGACAGGCCGCGGCGCGAGCGGGGCCUCACUCAAGCAGAAAAACGGUCCGACACGAGUUAACGGGUUGAGAGAGAGACACAGAACCACGGGACCACCGCACACCGGUUUCCCACAGUAACGGCCAGAUAGACGUGAACAGAGUGGCGACUUGAAACGCACAGAAGACGAAGGAAUACAAAGCCCGUGCAUGUGAAGAGCGGUUUGCUGGCUGCCAACGAGCGAAGUAGCUAACCAUCGUUAGCGAGCUAGCCAGCUUUUGUAAUCCGCCGGCCAGACACACUUUCGUCCGCCACAAACCAGGCCGAAACCCGAAUUUCAAGUGAGGCCAUACAAACAAAACCGAAAGGACAAAUAAGGCACCGGCGGCGCAAGGAGGCUGGUUCUGGGGGCGAGGCCAGAGGACCAGACUCAAUGAGUUUCCAGCGAAAUGUCAGAGAAGUCAGGGCAGAGCACCAAGGCAAAGGAUGGUAAAACAAAGUAUGCAACCCUUAGCCUCUUCAAUACCUACAAGGGCAAAUCUCUGGAAACCCAGAAAACUGCAGUGGCUGCCAGACAUGGGCUCCAGAGUUUGGGCAAAGUUGCUGUCAGUCGGCGCAUGCCCCCUCCUGCUAACCUGCCCAGCCUGAAGGCAGAGAACAAGGGAAAUGACCCCAACGUCAAUAUUGUCCCUAAAGAUGGUAGUGGCUGGGCAUCCCGAAAUGAGGCAGGGGAGGAGAGACAGCAGGAAACGCCCCCACCCCCAGUAAAACCACCAGUGCCCCAGCCACAGGAGCUUUCUACUGGGGGCAGUCGCUCUUGGGCUAACAGCAAGCAAACACAGCUAGAUGGAGCUCCACGUGUGAGCAGCCAUUUUCACCAGGAGUUUCCCAGCUUGCAAGCUGCUGGUGAGGCAGAGAAGGGCCACAGUCAAGAGGAGGAGCCUUAUGGACCGGGUCCCAGCCUCAGACCUCAAAAUGUUGGCAGUUGGCGUGAGGGUGGAGGCAGGAAUUUGAACACUGCACCCAGCCCAUCUGAAAUGGACAAUAGGGCUGCAGAGGAAGGUAGUACGGGCCUUGGUACCUCCACACCACCUGUGGAAGCUGAUGAACCUGGCCGGACCAUGACGACAGAUGGUCAGAGGGAGAAAAAGGAUGGCAGGGAGAGGCUGCCCCCCUCUGGCCCUCCUCAACCUAAACUUAAUGGGGGGCAGCAGCCUCCUGCUGGGGUGCCAACUCACUUUGACCCUGCUUUCAAGAGCAUGAUGCCACCUUAUAUGUUCCAUGCCUAUCCUCAAAUGUCUUUUGCCACUGGGCAAGGAAACAUCAGAUACCCUAUACCACAAGAUGGAUCAAAGGGUCCUCGUUCGUCUCGACCACAGCAAGCUCCCCCUCAGUCGUGGCUCCUGGACCCAGAUAGGCCCUCUAUCAUCAGUGCAUCAGAACUGAAGGAGUUGGAUAACCUGGACACUGAUGCUGAUGAAGGCUGGGCAGGAGCUCAGAUGGAGGUGGACUACACUGAGAAACUAAACUUCAGUGAUGAUGAGGAGAACCAAGCUGCUAAAGAGAAGGGAGAAAACUGGGAGUGGAUGGGCAAAGUGGAACGUAUAAGACCUCGGCCAACAGAUAGUCAGGAGGGAUCUGAGGACCGUGGAGGAAAUAAGACGUCGUGGUCGGAGAGUGUAGAUCCUAGAGCUCCAUCACCUGGCAGUAUGGCGCAGUUCAGUAAAUCAGCUGCUCCACAGGACUACCAGGGAGGUAGUCGUACAGUUAGUGGUGCAGCAGCACGCGGGAGCAAGCCGCAGGCUACAUCAGCACCUGAAGAGGACUCCGACGCCUGGAGACAGAAGCGCAAGAAGCCUUCAGAAGUUUCUGAAGCUGUAGAAAGAGCGAGGCGGAGAAGAGAGGAGGAGGAACGGCGGAUGGAAGAACAGAGGCUUGCAGCUUGUGCUGAAAAACUUAAACGUCUCAAUGAAAAACAUCGACAGGCAACUGAGGGCAUAUCCUCCCCUUUACAGACCAUCACUGAUGAAGCAGGAGUUGCCAAUGAGAUAACGUCUGAAUCCAUUCCUGUUCCUACUCCUGUGCCCAGUCCUGUACCUUCUGGCUCAGUUUUAGAAUUGCAGGCACCAAUCGUACAAGAUCCUCUACCUGAAAGGGUGGAUCGAGACAGGGAGAGGAUGGAGCAAGAACAGGAGAGAGUUGAACCAAGUGGAGAGGUGGAGGAGCCCUUGGCUCGUCGGCCCAGCCCCCCUAUCCAGAGACCCGUGGCUGUAGUACCUGAAAUUCUAAGCGAGGAAGAGACCUCUUUAGCUGAGGUUGGCCCUUUAUUGGAGGAGAACCAGACUGAAAGGACAACAGUGCCUAUCCAAGACUAUUUCAAUAUAGAGGACAACAGAGUGGAUGAGCCCCACCUGUCUCUUCCUCACAUGGACACACCAAGUGGAGAGGAAGUCCCUGUGGCACCCCCACAGCUGGAAGGAGAAGCAGCUACUGCCAUGCGUCCUUCUCUCACCUCAGGCUAUUCUAAACAGUUUCAAAAAUCUUUACCACCUCGUUUCCUCAGACAGCAGGAGCAGAUGAAACAGCAACAGUGGCAACAACAACAACAACAACAGCAGCAGCAGAGUGGGGGCUCUGUGUCCCCAUCGGGUGCUGGCAAUGUUCCAGCUACUCAGCAGCAGCAGCAGCAGCAGCAACACCGCUCCAUAUAUCAACCUAUGGGCCCCCACCACCAGCACCUGGCCUCCAUGGGGUUUGACCCCCGCUGGCUAAUGAUGCAGUCAUACAUGGACCCUCGCAUGAUGUCCGGACGUCCUCCUUUGGACAUGCCAACUAAUAUUCAUCCUGGGAGAAUGCCUCCUAAGCAGAUUGUGCGCAGAGAGCCUGGGGACAACUCAAGCUCCAGCUCUGACUCCUUUGACCACUUGACCCGACCAAUUCGUGAACAUGGUCUGCCCACAGAUUCACGUAUGGUAUGGGGGUCUGACCCAUACCCGCAAUCGGAGCCUCUGCCUUCUGUAACACCUCCAAAAGGACGUAAUGAUAACAAGGAGUUGAGGAUGGACUCUGGUCUGGAUUUGGAUAGGAGUCUGCCAGCUAUGUAUCCCCAGGACCAAAGUGCAUUAGACUCGCGUAAGACAAACUUCUUUCGGGACCCUAUAGAGCCUCUCUCAACAUUUACCCAGGGUCCAGAGGACACCUCUGGGUCUCUAGACAGGGUCCCUGUAGGUACAGUCUUUGAUCCAGAGGAACCAGGCCUCCCGAGCGGGGAAGAGGUGGAGGCUCUUGGUCAAGCCAUGCUCCAACGAAGUGUUUCCCAGGGCUCUAGCCAUUCACUCAAGCUUGAUGAGCCCGGGUUUGAUGGGCUUCCCCUGGGAACAAAAUCACUAGAGUUACAAGAGACGGGGGAGAGAACUGAAGAUAAGCUCCAAAAUGAGCUAUACUCCCAGACUGCAGUGACAAACAAUAGGGCUACUCCUCCUGCUGAUGGUUUACACAAACAAGAGAAGUUGCCUUUGCCAGUUCCUAGCAAGCAGAAGGCUGACCUUCGUUGGGGUGGGAGAGGGGCUGGACGCAGAGAAGGACCAGGAGGGGAGAGACCACUCCGCAGGUCUGGGCCAAUUAAGAAACCUGUCCUGAGGGACAUGAAAGAAGAGAGGGAGCAAAGGGAGGAGAGAGAGAAGCGACAUGAGAGACCAGAACGGGGAGAUAAGUCCAAAAAGGAUCAGUCAUCUAAAGCUCCUUCCGCAGUUGCUUCUUUGCCUGAGGGCCCCAGGCCUCAGAGUGAAGGAAAGAGAGAGUCUACAGAACUUGUGGAAAUACUGACAGGACAUCAGAGAGUGAGAGACUCUCAGCCUUCAUCUGUUGCUCCCACUUCAUCCUCUCAAGAGGAAAAGGUAGACAAACCGCCCAGCAAUGACAAACAUCCUGAGCCCAAACUUCCCUCCAGGAAAGAGUCUAAUCUACUUCCACGUUCCUACAGACGGGAGGAAAGGGAAAGGGAACGAGAGCGGGAGAUGGACAAGGAUAGAGAAAGAGAAUGGCCUGCUGAUUCUAGUUUCAAAGGACGUGGUCGAGGGGAGUAUUACUCUAGAGGUCGUAGCUACAGAGGUACUUACGGUGGCCGAGGCAGGGGGAGCCGUGGCAGAAGUCGAGCAGAGUACCCUUACAGAGAGCCUCGAUCACGCUCUGAUUUACCUUCUGCUGGGGGUGCUGCUGCUUUUCGCAACAGGGAAGAAAGCGAAACGCGCAGUGAAAGCUCUGACUUUGAAGUUAUACCAAAACGCAGGCGACGACGGGGUUCAGAUACAGAUUCUGAAAGUGAAGGUGGGCGGGAGUCUGCCAGUGACACUGGUCCCUCUGACCGUGAACCUAGCACCAAACCUAGCCGUCCAUUGCGACGAGAUCUGCCUGGGGAGGUCAGGUCUGGACCCCACAAGCCAGGCUUUGGACCACCUCACAUGGGUGAAAAGAUUGGAUCUAGAGGGGAUGAUGAAGCUAGGCCAAAGCCAGGGUUCCUUCCUAAAGGAGAGCCUUCUCGGCGAGGAAGAGGUGGAUUAUACAGUAGAAGAGGUGGAGCAAGGGAACGUGGUGGCCCUCGCUCAACUCCUCUUAGACGACCAGUGACAAAAGAGUCCAAUCAGUGGCCCUCCAAACCCAUGGAGACAUUCAGACCAGAGGAAACCGAGUCUACAUCAAGAUAUGACAAUCCCCCCUCUGACCGACGGGCACCUAAGACCGAUGGCAAGAAAUUUGUGGAUGGGCCUCAGAGUAGCAGAGAAAGGCCUCGCAGGUCCCGACCAGCACGGCCCCCCAGGCAAGAUAAACCUCCCAGGUUUAGGCGCUUGAAGGAGCGAGAGGCUGCAGUCUUAGGUACUGGAGAAACAGUCCCAGGUCAUCCUGUCCCUUUACCCCCAGUGACUGCUACUGCCCCCAGUUCUGCCCCAAUUUCCCUCUCCCCAACUCUGUCUAGAGCCCCAGGAACCCCUGUGACUGUGCCUGCGGAAGUGGGAGCAACUAUGCCUGUACCCGACCUGCCAUCUUCUACAGAAACACCUUUCCCUGAGACAAGCAGCCCCACUAUCACAGCAGUGGGUACUAAAUCCCCUGACCUGUCCAACCAGAACUCUUCAGAUCAAGCCAAUGAAGAAUGGGAGACUGCUUCGGAGAGCAGUGACUUCAAUGAAAGGAGAGAACGAGAAGAGAGGAAAGGAGCAGUGGAGGCCACUCAUGAAGCAGCCACUGCCUCUGCUGUAGCACCUGUGCCCCCUCAGGCCUCCUUGACCCCCAAUAAAACCCCUCCUGAUGGAGGUGUGACACCAAAACGUGAUGGAGCUCCUGGGGCCAAGAGGAGUUUCUCAAGCCAGAGGCCGACAGAGAGACCAAACCGUAGAGGCAACAGUGGAGCCAAACCAGGCCGGAGUUACACAGGGGGCAAGGGGGAGAGAAGAGGAGGAGCCAAACCAGGCCGCAAAGGCCCUCUAGCCCAUCAAAACACAGAGGCAACAGCACCAACAUCUGGAGGAGCAGCCCAAAGACCUACAAAAGAGCAGGCUGUCCGUCGUAAAGACGACAAACAGGCUGCUAAGAAACCCAAGGAGAAUGCUCUUUCUCAGUUUGAUCUCAACAAUUAUGCAAGUGUUGUGAUCAUUGAUGAUCACCCAGAGGUCACCACCACAGAGGACCCACAGUCGAGCACUAAUGAUGAUGGCUUCACAGAGGUGGUCUCACGCAAGCAACAAAAACGCCUGCAAGAUGAAGAGAAACGUAAAAAGGAAGAGCAAACUACUCAGAAUUGGGGUAAAAAAGGUUCUGGUGAGAAGAGCAGAGGGGGAGGAGGAAAACUGCCACCUAGAUUUGCUAAAAAGCAGUCAUCACAGCAGCAGCACCAACAACAACAACAGCAACAGCAGCAAGUCUCACAACAGCAAGUCUCACAGCCUCAAUCUGCUGUAGCUCCCAUUCCCCAAGUCCAACAGCAGCCCACCAUCUCUUCCUCCCAACAUCCUCAUGUACCCCCCUCUCAGCCUGCUGCAUCCCCUCAAACUCUGGAGGGAACAGUGGCUCCUCUGCCCUCCAUUCCCCCUGCGACUGUGGACUUCACCUCAAAGAGUCUUCUUCCUGCACCUACCCAGACACACAGUGCUCUGGGCACAGAACUGUGGGAGAAUAAGGUGGCAGCCUCCACUGUCCUUCCUGAUGUGAAGAAGCUUGGUCCAAUCAGCCCACCUCAACCACCUUCUGUGAGUGCGUGGAACAAACCUCUUACCUCCUUUACUGGCACGGUCUCUUUGGAGGGUGUGAAGUCUGGAGCAGAGGGCAAUGUAGAAUUGACAAUAGACAGUAUUCAGUUUGGUGCACCAUCAUCUGCCGGCAGCACAGACAGUGAUGGGGUUCCAGCAUUAAUUGAAAAAAGCUCUGAAAACAAACUUCCUGCUCCCAAAGAACAGCGUCAGAAACAACCUCGAGCUGGCCCAAUCAAAACACAGAAGCUUCCUGAAAUGGAAUUAUUGGAAACAAAAGAAUACAAACCAGGUCCUAUUGGUAAAGAGCGUUCUUUAAAGAACCGCAAGGCCAAAGAUGCACGUGGUGGAGAAGGCGAGGGCAUGGAGGGAGCAGUACCUGUAGGAGGUGUGAGCAGAGCCACAGACUCCAGUCCUCCCACCAGUGACACCACAGUACCUGAGCUGGGUGGAGACAUUGAGGGCAUGAUCACGGUCCCCUCAGCUGAGUAUAACAGUAUCUCAAAGGAAUUGGUCACUGACUAUACCACGCCCUCCUCCUCACUGGCUGACAGUGUUCCAACUGGAGGGAACAAAUUGGAGGAAAGCUUAGUGGCAAAUGUGGCACUUCCCCAUUCAUUGCCCCUUCCUCGACGAGAAACCCUGCAGCAGAGCUCCAGCCUCAGCACCGUCUCCCCUGCUACUGUUGACCUAACACUAAAGAUGGAAUCUGCUCGUAAAGCAUGGGAAAACUCCCCCAGUCUGGAGAAGAAUUCUCCAGUGACGACGUCUUCUUCCCCCAUCACCUCCUGUGCAUCCUCUUACUCUUUCUCCUCAGCCUCCAUGCCGCAGAUCCCUGUGGCUUCUGUUACUCCCAGCACCUCUCUGUCUGGUUCUGCGACUUAUACAACUUCAUCCCUCAGCACUAAGACCACCACAGCCUCUGAUCCUCCAAACAUCUGUAAGGUGAAACCCCAGCAACUGCAAGGUGGAAGUCUGUCCUCCUCCAGCAGUAGCAGUAGUAGCAGCAGCUUCUCUCAGCUGGGCUGCGUGCCUCCCCUCCUGACUCAGCAACAGCAGACCCCACAGGUGUACGUCUCCCAAUCUGCAGCAGGUUCUGCAGCUCAGAUUCCAGCAUUCUACAUGGACACUAGCCACCUCUUCAGUUCCCCCCACCCUCGCUUGGCUCCUCCCUCCCUAGCACAGCAGCAAGGCUUCCAGCCUGGACUCUCACAGCCAACAGCAGUGCAACCAAUUCCCAUCCCAAUCUACGCUCCACUGCAAAGUCAGCCUCAGCAUCAACACCAACAUCAACACCAACACCAACAUCAACACCAACACCAACAUCAACAUCAACACCAACACCAACACACACACCAACCCCAGCUUGGACUUGGCACAGGACCUCCAGUCUCUCAGCCACAAGAUCUGUUCAGCUCUUCCCUGCAGCCUUACAGGUCUCAGCAGGCAUUCAUGCAGAACAGCAUGUCACAACCCUCCAUGAUGCUGUCAGGGCCGUCCCUGCACAGCUACCCUGGGGUGCAAGCACCUGAGCUGGGCAAGCCUCAGUCCAACCUAGCCUAUCAGCAGCCGUCAUCCACCCAGCACAUUCCCAUUCUGUUUGAGCCACAGCUCAACCAGCCCUCUGGGAUGGGAGGCUCCCAGCUUAUGGACACACACAUGCUGCAGGCUCGACAGGGGAUGAAUCAACAUUCAAAUAUGUAUUCGGGGCAGGUGCAACAGCAUGGCCAGAGCAGCUACUACAGCAACACUCAGUCCCCCAGUUCAGCAAUGCAACAGGUGACAGUCCCUCUACCUGGUUCCCAAUUGUCCUUGCCAAACUUUGGUUCAGGUGGAGGACAGCCCCUCCUAGCACUACCCCCCACUCCACCUCAGGCGCAGCCCAACAUCAACCGACAGCCCUCAGUCUCCCAACAGUAUCGAGGCAUGAUGGGCCCCAACCACAACAUGAUGCAGCCACCAACUAGCAAGAUGGACAUGGAUCUCAAACUCUUUGGCAGUGCGAUGGAUGUGAAGCCCGGAACCCCUCCUGUCAAUGCCAGGAGCACUACACCUACUUCUGGUCCAUACAGGGCCAGCUCCACCUCUCCCAGUAGCCAGUCAAGUAAGAUGAACAGCAUGCUGUACCAGAAGCAGUUUCAGCCCAGCUCUGGGAUGAGGAUGACGCAGCACUUCCCUGGUCAAUUUAAUCCACAGCUCCUCUCUCAGCCCAACAUAGUUUCUCCUCUGGUGCGACCUCCUCAUGCUAACUCGUUUGCUGGAGGUGUCCAGCGUUCUCCCAUGGGUCCUCCAAUGGCACCUAAUGUUGGUGGUGGUUUAAUGCCUCAUCCCCGACCCCAGCAUCCUCAGCACAGCCAGCACCCUCCUCGAGGACCCCCCGGUCCCUCUAUUGUGCUCCGAGGCACGCAGGCGGCUCUAAAGGCUGAACAGGACCUAAAGGCAAAGCAGCGAGCUGAGGUGCUCCAGUCCACUCAUAAGUUCUUCUCUGAGCAACAACAGCAGCAGCAGCAGCAGCAGCUCAAGGCUCCACAAGUCAGCAAAGCUCCCCGGCUUGAUCAGGGAGGAAAACCCUCUCUCGACACUGUGGCCCCAAACCACCAGGCAGGAGGAGAGCGCAUCGAUUCUGACAAACCCCCUGUCUCCGCAGCUAAGCCCAUACGGACUGGCCCCAUAAAACCACAGGCUAUCAAACCAGAAGAGGGAAAAUAAAGAACUGUAGCCUCUCUUCAGAUGACAAUAUAAAUGGAUGUAAGAGUGAGAAUCUAGUCCCAUUUACGAAGGCUCCACCUCAUAUCAGCCCCAGUGGACCAGUGUAGGGGGAGGAGGAUGAGUUUGGUAGAGAUCCAAAUGGUUAUGGUUACUGAGAAUAGGUGCCUACAUAUAUCAAUAUAAUCCUCUUCCUUUCUUCCCCUGUCUUGUCCCACUGUAGGUGGAGGGCAUUUGAGUUGGAUUUUUCUAUCAUAUUUGGAUGCCAAUGAAAUGGCUGCACAAGUUGUUCCAUAGAGAUCUACGACGGUAGACAAGACACGAGUUGGAGAGAGAAAAUUGAAAUAAUUUGCUGCUGAGUUUGCCACUUUUAUAGCUCUUGAUUUCUGUUCUUUUUUAAUUUUAUUUUAUUUGUUCCCUUUAAAUAGGAUCAUGCAUAUUAUGGGAGAGACCCAUUUUGUUAAUGGAAGACUAAAUCAGAUUUGUUUUUGUAGUCGAAACAAUCUUAAGUGUACGUAGUGAAGCACACUUGUUUUUGUUGCCCAAUGUCCGAUCAUAACUAAUCCAGAGAUGCGUGCUUGUGCACACACUCCCUCAACGGUUUCAUCUACAGUUAUUGCACAGAGACAUGAAUCACAGAUUUUGUUGUUUUGUUUUAUCAGAAUGGAAAUUGCAACAUUUGAUUUAAAUGGUUGAUUUAUUGAUUGUCUGACUGUGGGCCUUUGCUCCUGCCUUGUGCUCUCAUCUCCUUGCCUGAGAAUAACUGAUGUGUUGAGUGUGUAGUAUAAACAGGAUCUCCUGUAUAUUUAGCCAAAGGUUAAAGCAGCAAAGAGACAUCACAGCCUUUUGGAUUGCUUUUGCUGUGGCAGCAGUUUUGAAUGGACUUGCAGGAUUUCAUUGAAAACGUAUGAUGACUUCUUAACAGCUGUUCCAAUUUAGGGGCUACUGUCACACACCUUGUCACUGCUUUCACACCCAUCCUCGCUGUCGCACACACACACACACACACACACUUCACUGUAAGGCACCCAGACUUGCUGCUAAUGACUGAUUUCAGUGCCCUUAGCUAGAAAAUGGCAGUAUAAGGCAAUUUAGAGGAAUAGAAACGUUGAAGAGUUGAUUGUUUUUAAACGGUAGAAAACUUUUCAGCCUAUGUCAACCCCCAAAACAAGGGGGGAACACGAUCAGGAUGGAGAACGAAGAAAAAGAUGGUCAGAAGGACACUUAUUGUUUUGUAGUCAAUACUGAUGAGAGCAAUCAGUGCUGUUUUCUGUCUCUGCCCCCCCCUCCGCUGGCUGUCCCACCCACAGUGUUCUCAUGUCGAGGUUGUGGUGACGAGGGUCCUUCAGAAUCGUACAGCAGUAUGCUUCCUGAGCUGGGGAGGGUGUCCUCCUCCUCCUCCUCCUACCCUAGCUGAGAAAAGUCCUUGCAGUGGGGAAUGAAUGAAUGAAUGAGGGAGGGUGGGGAAUGAUUUAUUUUUGUUUUGUUUUAUUUUUUUUGUUGUACUUGUACAGGGGUUUCAUCGCUGUAUUAAAAGAUGUACGGUCUUAUUUACAUUCUCUUGGUUUGGUUACAGAAACUAAUAAAAAAUAAUAUACUGUU